GAGUGACUAUCGCCAGCCUUUGUCCAAUCGCCACCAUGUUUCUCCUCCGCCGUGCUGCCGCCCGCGCCAUCAGUGCCUCGCCCUCCAAGGCGUAUCUGGUCCAGCCGCGCUCCAUUGCUACUCUCACACCCUCGACGUUCCGUCCAAGGCAGCAACAGUGGUCAAUUAUCUCUUUCCAAAGGAGAUUCGCUAGCGAUGAGGUGUCCAAAACCGACUCGCCUGAGGCUGCUGCCGCAGAAGCCUCCGAGAACUUUGCCCAGACAGCAGCAGAGGCGCCUAUCGAGGAUAACUUGACGCCCGCACAACAAGAGGCACAGGCAGAGCCCACCGAUAAGUCUGCCACUGUCGGCGCAGAUGCGCUCGAGGCUGCCGCCACCAAAUCUAGCCAGACCAGCCCGCGGGGCAACAGGGAACGAACACCCAAGAACAUUGAACCCCACAAUGUGCUUUACAUUGGCAACCUCUACUACGAAGUUACCCCAGACCAGCUGAAGCGUGUGUUCUCUCGCUUUGGUGAUAUUGAGAGUGUCAGGAUGGUCUACGACAACCGGGGUCUAAGCAGAGGUUUCGCCUAUGUCGAAUACAAAAACGUUAGUGAUGCACAGGCUGCUAUUGACAACCUCGACAUGCAGGUGUUUGAAGGCCGCAACCUUGUCGUCCAGUACCACUCGCCCAAAUAUCAGACGACAAAGGCGCGCAGCCCUAAUGGCGAGCCCAACCCUCCAACCAAAACGCUCUUCAUCGGCAACAUGUCUUUUGAAAUGUCAGACAAGGACCUCAACGACCUCUUCCGAGACAUUCGCAACGUCACAGAUGUACGUGUUGCCAUUGACAGGAGAACCGGCCAACCGCGAGGCUUUGCUCAUGCAGACUUCAUCGAUGUGGCCAGCGCCACCCGUGCCAAAGAAGUUCUUAAGGAGAAGAUCAUUUAUGGCAGACAACUCCGCGUCGAUUUCAGCACAUCUAACACACAGACACAACGCCAGAAGCGCCAGGAUUCGUUCCAGGAAUAGAUGAGAAUCGGGUGACGGUACGGGAUGGAUUGUAAAACAAAAAAUGAAGGGACUACCUCUCAUUUGGAGGAAUACGAAUGACGACUGCAAGGGGAUGGGCCUCUCUGUACGAUAUGUAUGACUAGACCUGCGUGUGGUCAGUUAUGCCCCAUGUUGAUAUACAAGUUGCUUGGUUCACAGUGGAGAGCGUCCGGCGUUGUCAUUCCCCUCUUCAUUUGUAAAUCACAUAGGGUGAAAAAUAUACGUGUAUUUGAUGGUUU